GGAGAUUUUCUUUUCUUUCUAUGCAUAUGCAAAUUAUUUCAAGUUAAAGAGAUCGCUCAAAGAAAAGAAAAAAACCCCAGAAAAUCCCUUAAAUAAGAGUAAAAAUUCGAGAGAUCCAAUUGAACUUUGUUCUUAAAUCUCUUUAUUUGAUUUUCGAAAUUAAACCGUUGUAAAAUUUCCGGUUAGGUGUUUGGUUUCCUUGUCUAGAUUUUGGUCUCGAUUGAAAUUAGCUCGAAGGAUCCUUUGUUUUGGUGGGUUAUAGGUGGUGGGAAUAGUAAAAAAUUACGUUCGAGAGCUUGAUAAUUGGGGUGAGGUUUACUUUUUUUGUUUGUUUAAAUUUUAUUUUUUUUCUUGAAUGAUUUCGUUAGGAAAUAACGAUGGGAGGAACGGGCUAGGGUUAGAGUUUGGUGGAAGAGAAAUGGAAGAAAUUGAAAUUGAACUUGAAGAAGGAGAGGCUUGCUCCUAUAAUAACAAUAACGAUGACUGUGAUGCCAUUACAGACCCCGAAAAUGAUCUAUCUUCUCUAUCAUAUAUAGAUGAGAAAAUUCAAAAUGUUCUUGGACAUCUUCAAAAAGAUUUUGAAGGCGGAGUUUCGGCAGAGAAUCUGGGGGCAAAGUUUGGUGGAUAUGGGUCAUUCUUACCUAUUUAUACACGUUCUCCUGGUUGGCCUCCUCCGAAAGGUCCUCCAAAAGUUCAGAGCUGCAGAUCCCCCCAAAAAAUGACAACAGAGGAUGGUCGACAAAACCCAGUAUGUUCGGCAAGUGGUUCUCAGUCACUGAGGCCUGGAGCUCCUACAAAAUUUGAAACCCUUCCUAAUACAUCAAAUGUGAAUGAUUCGAUUAAAGAAGAUGUCAGCAUAAUAUCUUCUCAUGUUGAUGAUCUUGACUCUAGGUGCGAAUUUGCAAACAAGAAAGGUACCAGUCUGCCAGUGCCAGAUCAGAAAACAUUGAAGGUGCGAAUCAAAAUGGGUUCAGGUAACAUGUUGACGCAAAAGAAUGCUGCAAUCUACAGUGGUCUUGGCCUUGAUGUCUCACCAUCUUCCUCCUUAGAUCAGAGCCCCUCAGAAAGUGAAGCGAUGUAUCGGGAGUCUCAAGAGCCAUUAUCUGAAUCUCCAACGAGCAUUCUUCGGCUUAUGACUUCCUUCCCAGUACCGGAGGAAGCACUACUAUCUCCUCUUCCUGAUCAUCUACUUAACUUGAUUGUAAAGGAAAAGAUUUUGAAAGAGAAUAGAUCUAAUUCUGGAAAGCGUGAUGGAAAAUUAUUGAGAGACAAGAAAGCAAAGUCAGUGAAGAAAAAGGAUUUUCCAGGAGAAAGGAAGAGUGGCAGGAAAAUAAGGAAUGACAAUGAAAUUAUGCCAAAGAAGGAAGUAGAUAGUGACAUACUGGCUUGUGAGGGGCUUGUUUCGAAAACAUUAAAGCUUCCUCUUUUAUCUAAUUCAUAUUCUGUUGCUGACAAGGUAAACAAUAAGGGCAUAACAAGAAAUGAAGAUGUCCAUGAUGUAGCUAUAGAGGAGUCAGUGGAGCCAUUACUUACCCAAGAGAUUGGCUGGGAGAAUCAAAGGGCUAGUUCUUCUCAAAAGGUUUUGGAGGAACAAGAGAUAAGUGCUGUGGAUGGUGUUUCAGGCUAUGCUAGAAAAAAUGGGUAUAACAAAGUUGAAAAAACUCGUGAUUCUGACAAAGCUGAUUCUAAUACUCUAAAAAGUAGCCAAGCUCUGAAUUGUGAAUUGGUGGAUCCUCCCAAGCAGAAGGUCAGCCAGAGAGCUACAUCAGAUGAGCAAGACAAUCGGAAGGUGCCUUCCACUGAGGAGUGUAUGUCUUCUGGUGGAAAAAGAAAAUCAAAAGACAGUAAGCGUCGUGUCAGUCUCGCUGCAGGGGUACCCAAAGAAUGCUUAAGGGUUUGUUCUUCUUCAAUGCUGAAAAAUAAGCUAUCUGCUCAUGCUAAUUCUGAUGCAAACAAAAAGGAACCAGGAGGUCUAAAACUAGAAAUGCCAUCUCGAAAGGCUGAAGAUAGGUAUAGAGAUCUUUUUGGAGAUAUUGGAGAAUCAGAACAGGAAGAGCACCAAAAAAGUUCAAUGGAAACCUGUUCUGAUGAUCGUCUGAAAGCAGCUGAUAAUAUUGGAAAAAAUACAUCAUCCAUUAACAGUGCACAUAGUGAUAUAAUAAGUGGCAAGAAAAUUGAGGAUUUAUUGGCAACUGAAUCAUACACAAGAGCAACUGUGGAUGGUUCUUCUAACUCUACCAAAGUGAAUGUUGCUGGAACCUCCCAUGCAACUGCUGCUCCUGUAUUGAUAAAGGAAAAUUGGGUUUGUUGUGAUAAGUGUCAGAAGUGGCGCCUUCUUCCAAUAAGCAUAAAUCCUUCCGACUUACCUGAGAAGUGGCUUUGCAUCAUGCUUAACUGGCUACCUGGAAUGAAUCACUGCAGUAUUGAUGAGGAGGAAACUACAAACGCUGUUUUUGCAUUGUAUCAAGUUCCAGCUGUAGAAAAUCAAGGUAAUCCUGGCAAUAUUAUGUCUAGAUUACCCUCGGCUGAUGCCCAGAAACCUGACCAAAACCAUCAAACUUUUGGUUCACGAGCUAUGCCCCCUGCUGGAAGGAAGAAACAUGGUUUAAAAGAAAUAUCAAAUGCAAUGGAUAAAGAUACACCAACUCUUAUGAAAAAUAACUUGAAGUCAUCAGUCAGAUCCAAGAGUCUCUCUGAUAGGGCUCGGUCUCCUGUGGUAGAUGAACCUGGUUUACAUCAUCUAAGCAAACGUGAUUUGCCUGUCAAGAAAAAGAAAAAUAAGCAGAAAGAUAAGCAUAAAUUGUUGGAACACAGUUAUGAUGGAGGCGAUGCCAAAACUUCAAAGAUGAAAGGAAAAUGGACUGCUGAUCAAGAUUCUUUAAAGUCCUCCAAGAAAAUUAAGGGUGAAAAUUUACAUUUUGCUGAUGAAGAUUGCAUGUCUGAGCAUGGUGGGAAGGGGGUGCCUAGCACAGGUAAUGGUUUACCUACAGCAUCAGUAGGAAAGGAUCAGUCCAAGCACAGUGAACAUUCUUCUUGUAAGGAUUCAAAGUUAGAUAAGAAGGAGAGGCAACAAAUAUCUGGUAAUAGAUCAAAGGAAAAAUUUCAAGUUUCCUUAAUGGAUGAAUCACUGGAACUGGCAAAUUUUGAUGGCGGUGAAGCUUCAAGAAAGAGGAAAGUUGAUGAAUGUAUUGAUGGUCGAUCAAAUGCAGGCUUUCAAAGUAUUGACAGUCACUACCAGGAUAGCAAAGGGUUUGCAAAAGAAGAUUUCAGCGAGAAUGAAUACAGGAGAGAAAAAAAGGUCAGGGUAUCUAUGUCAGGAGGAAAGGAUUCCUCUGCAAGUAAAAGCAGUGGUAAACUUGAGAAAAGAACUAGACAGACAAAGAAUCACCAGACCUGGAAAGAUCUAGGCAGCUCUCUGUCCCAACGGAGUUUAGAUGGUAUGGAUUCAUUGAAAAGGGAUUUUGGAUCUGCCCAGCCUUCAUUAGCAGCUACUUCUAGCUCAUCUAAGGUUUCUGGUUCACGUAAAUCAAAAUCUGGUACACAGAAAUCAAAACCUGGCUUCAAUGAAACAAAAGGCUCACCUGUGGAAUCAGUUUCUUCAUCUCCUAUGAGGAUUGCCAAUCCUGGCAAACUUGCUUCAACAAGGAGGAAUGUUGCAGGGAGAGAUGAGUCUUGUGAUGCUGGUCUUUCUCUUGCCGGACAUCAGAAUGACAACUGUGGCGAUGCCAAUAUCUCUCGUCCAAGAAAGUCUGGCAAGGGAUCCUCACGGUCAAAGGACAGGACUCCUAAUUUUAAAUCUGAUUCUGCUUAUAAACAGCAAGAUUACGUGUCUUCGUAUGAGAUAAAACCUAGGGUUGGUAGAAACAAAUUUCAGGAGAGGCCUGGGGUCAAGUCUGGUGAAAGUGAGCAUAGAUUUUUUGAUAACAAAGAGCCUUUGGGAAAAUUGUCUGGUAAGAGUAGUAAAAGAGAGAGUCAACCAAAUUUUGUUCAGUCAAAUGAUAAAUCAGAUGCCACUGGAGGUCAAGAUGAAAUCUCUACUGUGAAGCAGAAUUUGGUACAGGGUGGCAGUAGGGAAAAAUACACAAAGAUGUUCCACUCUGACAAAUCUGAUCAUGCAGAAAUUGCUUCUGGGAGAGAGAACUUGCGUCCAUUACUACCCUCAGGAGGAACUAAAUAUGAGAUGCUGACUCGUUGCCCCCUCCCAGUUUCUGUUUCCCAAACAGGAAAUGGAGCUGAUGAAUCUCUAGAUGAUGAUGCAUUGAAAGUACAAAAACAAAUAAAAAAGGCUGAUCAGCAGAAUGGGUCUCAGAACAGUAUUUCAAAACAUGCAUCUAGUGGACGUAGGAUCAGGGGUGUUGAUGCCCCAAGUCCAAUGAGAAAGGAUUUGUCAAGUCAGGCAGCUACCAAUGCUUUGAAGGAAGCUAAAGAUUUAAAGCAUCUAGCUGAUCGUGUCAAGAACUCUGGAUCAAAUGUGGAGAGCACCACACUUUACUUCCAAGCUGCACUGAAGUUUCUUCAUAGUGCUUCUCUACUAGAAUCUUGCAAUGGUGAAACUGCCAAGCAUGGGGAGAUGAUUCAGUCUAUGCAAAUUUAUAGUAGCACGGCAAAACUCUGCGAGUUUUGUGCCCAUGAAUACGAGAGAUUAAAGGACAUGGCUUCUGCUUCUUUGGCUUACAAAUGUAUGGAGGUUGCUUAUAUGAGAGUAAUCUAUUCCUCUCACACCAAUGCAAAUAGAGACCGACGUGAGUUUCAGAUAGCUUUGCAAAUGGUUCCUCCUGGUGAAUCUCCUUCUUCUGCCUCUGAUGUUGAUAAUUUAAACCAUCCGGACAAGAUUGCUUUUCCGAAAGGUGUUAGCUCUCCCCAGGUUGCUGGAAAUCAUGUCAUUUCUGCUCGAAACCGUCCUAACUUUGUGCGGCUGCUUAAUUUUGCACAGGAUACAAAUUAUGCAAUGGAAGCUUCCAGGAAAUCGCGAACUGCUUUUGCGGCUGCCAAUUCGAGUUCAAUAGGGGGUGGAGAGGCUAUAUCUUCUGUGAAGAAGGCUCUUGAUUUUAACUUCCUAGAUGUUGUGGGAGUGCUACGUCUGGUACAACUGGCAAUGGAAGCCAUUAGCCAUUAAGAGAAAAGGA